CGGGCAAUCAAUGAGAGAAGGCGGCCGCUGUUGUCACUGGACUCUUUAACAUCCGCUACAACCAGAGCGGCACAAACUCCAGCCCCGCGGCCUCCUGUGGGCGGCGAGGAGACUGAGUGGAUUGUCUGCCCCUCUCUGACACUUGUCUCCGGGACCCUACAGACAGGUGGUCGCACGCAGUGCCCGCUGGCCCCCGACACCACUGCAAGGAGCAGACUCACACAUCCACGGACAAAGAGGAGCUCUGAUCACCGACCUCACCUCAGCACAGCGCCGGGAUCACUGACUCAUCACACAGGCCGGCAGUGAGACACAGAGAUCAGAAAUGGGAGGAAGCAGUUCCAGCCAACAGGCGGCUCAGUCUGAGACCCCCACAUUCUUCACACAGGAAGAGAUCAGCAAACUGAAGUCCGAGUUCAAAACGGGUGGUGUGGAAAAGGUUCAACCUUUGAUACAGAAUAAAAUCAAAGAACUGAACAACACCGAGUUGAACAUCGCCGUGACGGGAGACACGGGUGCAGGAAAAUCCACCUUCAUCAACGCCAUGAGAGGGCUUUGUAGCGAAGAUGAGGGAGCGGCUGCGGUUGGGACCACGGAAACUACAAAGAAGCCAACCGGAUACUCACAUCCCACUCUGCCCAAUGUCCACUACUGGGACCUGCCGGGGAUCGGAUCUGCACGAUUCACCGCGGGUUCCUACCUGAGGAAAAUGCAAUUUAAAAAAUACGAUUUCUUCAUCAUAGUGUCAGCUGGUCGAUUCACAGAGAAUGAUGCAAAACUUGCCAAGGAGAUUAAGCGGCUGGGGAAGAGGUGCUAUUUUGUCCGCUCUAAGAUUGACGUUGACCUUUAUUGUAUGCGGAGAGAACGGAAAGAAUUUGAUGAAGUUGCAGAAAUGGAAAAGAUCCGGAGUGACUGUGUCAGUGGGUUGGGAAAAGCCGGGAUCCCAAAUCCCACCGUAUUCCUGAUUUCCAGUUUUGAGCCGGAUCAGUAUGAUUUCAAUUGGUUAAAGGAAGCACUUGAAGGUGAUUUAACGAAUGUAAAGAAAAGGGCCUUUAUUCUGGCCCUUCUUAUAGAAAGUGUAGAGAUUGUUCGAAAGAAAAAUGAAAUACUGAAGAAGGACAUCUGGAUGUUGGCCACUCUCUCUGGAGGAGUGGGAGCGAUCCCAAUCCCUGGGCUCUCUCUCGCUUGUGACAUUGGGAUAUUGAUUGGAGCAAUAAUACAUUUCCAGAAAUGUCUGGGUCUUGAUGAUGCUUCUCUUCACCGACUGGCCAACAGAACAGGUAAACCUGUGGAAGAGCUAAAGUCUGCAGUAAAACCUCAUCUGCUGGGAGAAAUAACUCCAGAUAUCAUUGUGAGGAUAGGUUGGGGAACUACUGUUGUUACCGUGUCAGCCCUGGAACUAGCUCUCGACGUUGUUCCAGUCAUUGGUUCCAUUUUUGGAGCAGGUUCAUCAUUCCUCAUGACCUUCAAGAUACUGCGAGAUGCGCUGAAGGAUCUGACGGAGAAUGCGGAGAGGGUGGUGAGGGCAGCGUUUGAAAUUAAUUAACUACUUUGCAUUUACAUCGAUCCAGAGAGCUCAUGUCAUGUUGUAGUCAAUAAUCAAAUCCUGCCGUAAUUCUCCUCGAUAAUUUUCCCUUUACCUAUUUCACAGCCACAUUAUAGGAGGAUUUAGAAAUUGCAUUAUUUGAAAUGUGGCACAGUACUUGAGGGUACAUCCACUGUCCAAUGAGACAUUAAAAUGAAAUCAUGUCUGGAAUCAUGUCUGUACCUCACAAUACGGCAACUUUCCCUAACAAAUCUCCCCACAUUAACAACCAAAGGUCACCCUUGACAAUUGAUUGAGAACACUUGCUGCAAGUGUCUGCAUCAAGCCUGUUUAUUCCAUGUCCAGGCAUUCCUCAAUCUGGCCAGAUAUAGCCUCAGUUUGGACCAUGUUAUUUUAUGACAGUCAGGUACUAUGAAGGCACAAAAAAACGUUUAUUUGUUGACAUGAAAUAUGU